AUGAAUAUCUGCAACAAACCUCCUAAUAAAACAGCUCCAGAGAGUUUGGGUGAAGCUUUUCCUGAGGUGCAGGUCCAACGCGCUCGAAGGAAUGGCUGGAGCUGGCCUCUGCACCUUUUCCAGAUUAUUGCCUGGUUGCUGUACCUCUUCUUUGCACUGGUUGGCUUUGGAAUCCUGGUUCCUCUCCUGCCCCGCCACUGGCUGCCUGCCGGCUAUAUCUGUCCAGGAGUGUGUUUUAUCUACCAUUUAGUUGUUCAUCUUACUGCAGUCUCUAUUGACCCUGCGGAUGCAAAUGUGCGAGAAAAAAACUAUCUAGGGCCUCUGGCCACCUUCAGUCGUAAUGAACAUGCACAUGUCAUUGAAAACCAUCAUUGCCAUGUCUGUGAUGUAGAUGUGAGUGCCAAGUCAAAGCACUGUGGAACUUGCAACAAGUGUGUGUGUGGCUUUGAUCACCACUGCAAAUGGCUCAACAACUGUGUGGGAGAGAGGAAUUACUGGCUCUUUUUGAAUAGCGUGCUGUCUGCCAUUCUGGGCCUUGGGCUUCUGCUGCUCGUCGCUUGCUACGUCUUUGUGGAGUUCUUCGUUGACCCCACGAUGCUUCGCUCCGACCAGCACUUUGACGCUCUAAAGAACCACACGGACCGCUGGUUUGUGUUUCUUCCUGCGGCUCCCGUUGAGACUCGGUCAUCUGCCAUUUUGGUCACGGCUGGGAUCUUCAUUCUCAUGAGCCUAAUGACCGUGAUCCUGCUGGGCCACCUCUUGACCUUUCACAUCUAUCUCAUGUGGAACAAACUGACUACGUACGAGUACAUCCUGCAGCAGCGUCCCCAGCAAGAGACGAGAGCGGCGGACAAGCAACUGGAGUCUUGUCCCUCCCAAGCCAGCCCCAGUCAGGAAGGAGACUUUUUUCCAGGUAAACCUGGCUAUACAGACCCCGGUGCCCAAGAACAGGAGUUCUCGACAGUAACUUCAGGAAAAGGCUUUUCAAAGCUCCAUGUGCAUGAUGGUGGAGCUGAGCCCGAGCAGAGCUCCUCUCCUGACCUCCCGUCUCUUCACUUCGCGGCCCCUUCUCAGCAACAGAAAAAAAGAAGAAAGAAGACACACAAAGCCUCUUCCUCAGCAAUGGACAGCAGAUCUAAACCACAUGCUAGACCUGGGCUGUCUUCGCCCAAUCCCCAGCCAGACAAUCCCAGAGGUGACAGGCCGAAGAACCUGCAUUCUGGGCACAAGGUAAGAAGGAAAAGCAGCCAGCAAGCCAGACACCUGGAACAAGAACUGGAACUCUUCCCUAAGACUCCUGCGGUGUUUGUAAGUAGGAGCAGUGGAGAACCUCACACUGCUCAGCCCCAGCCCUGUGCGAGCACAGCCGAGCCCCAGCACAGAAAGUGCCCCAGCAAGCAGCGCGUGGGCAGGCACGAUCCCUGCUUCGAGGACCUGAGACAAAACACCACAGCGGCCUAG